GCAGAGUUAGGAGAAGACAGGCUGGUGCGGGAAAAAUGCAAGGGAAAAGUCUUUGCAUCAUGUAGAGCACGCAGUGGGGCUCCGGGAGUGGCGCCCCAGCGUCUGGGGCCAUGAACUUGAGUGGAGAUGGAGAAAGCUUUUCCGGAUCGGUGCAAAUCCCAGGAGGCACCACGGUGCUGGUAGAGCUGACACCGGACAUCCACAUCUGCGGCCUCUGUAAACAGCAGUUCAGCAAUCUCGAUGCCUUUGUAGCCCACAAGCAGAGCGGCUGCCAACUGACCACCACGCCCGUCACAGCCCCCAGCACGGUCCAGUUUGUGUCAGAAGAGACAGUGCCUGCCACCCCGACCCAGGCUACCACAGCGACCAUCAGUUCAGAGACUCAGACUAUCACAGUUGCAGCUCCCGAAUUCGUCUUUGAACAUGGCUACCAAACUUACCUGCCCACGGAAAGCACCGACGACCAGACAGCCACCGUGAUCGCUCUCCCCACCAAGACACGCACCAAAAAACCCACAGCACCCCCUGCUCAGAAGAAACUCGGCUGCUGCUAUCCAGGUUGCCAGUUCAAGACGGCCUACGGCAUGAAGGACAUGGAGCGGCACCUGAAGAUCCACACCGGUGACAAACCCCACAAGUGCGAGGUGUGCGGGAAGUGCUUCAGCCGGAAGGACAAGCUGAAGACGCACAUGCGCUGCCACACGGGCGUCAAGCCCUACAAGUGCAAGACGUGCGACUACGCGGCGGCCGACAGCAGCAGCCUCAACAAACACCUGCGCAUCCACUCGGACGAGCGACCCUUCAAGUGCCAGAUCUGUCCCUACGCCAGCCGCAACUCCAGCCAGCUCACCGUGCACCUGCGCUCGCACACAGCCUCCGCUCUUGAAAACGCCGCCCAGAAACCAGCGGGCCUCCCUGCUGAAGACAGCGAUGCCCAGCAGCCCGCUGCGGUCGCUCUGCCCCCCUCCGAAGCAAAGGAGCGAACGGCCACCCUUGGAGAAAGGACUUUUAACUGCUGCUAUCCAGGCUGCCAUUUCAAAACCGUCCAUGGCAUGAAAGACUUGGACCGACAUUUAAGAAUCCACACAGGCGACAAGCCACACAAGUGCGAGUUCUGUGACAAGUGCUUCAGCCGAAAGGACAACCUGACCAUGCACAUGCGCUGCCACACGAGCGUGAAGCCGCACAAGUGCCACCUGUGCGACUACGCGGCCGUGGACAGCAGCAGCCUCAAGAAACACCUGCGCAUCCACUCGGACGAGCGGCCCUACAAGUGCCAGAUGUGCCCCUACGCCAGCCGCAACUCCAGCCAGCUCACCGUGCAUCUGCGCUCGCACACAGGGGACACCCCCUUCCAGUGCUGGCUCUGUAGCGCCAAAUUCAAAAUCAGCUCGGACUUGAAGCGGCACAUGAUCGUGCAUUCGGGAGAGAAGCCUUUCAAGUGCGAGUUCUGUGACGUCCGUUGCACCAUGAAGGCGAACCUCAAGUCCCACAUCCGCAUCAAGCACACCUUCAAGUGUCUGCACUGUGCCUUCCAGGGCCGGGACCGGGCCGACCUGCUGGAGCACAGUCGCCUGCAUCAGGCCGACCACCCUGAGAAAUGUCCCGAGUGUAGCUACUCCUGUUCCAGCCCAGCCGCCCUGCGUGUGCACAGCCGAGUCCACUGCAAGGACCGGCCCUUCAAAUGUGACUUCUGCAGCUUUGAUACAAAGCGGCCCAGCAGCCUGGCCAAACACAUCGACAAGGUGCACAGGGAACGGGCCAAGACGGAGAACAGGGCCCCGCAGGGUAAGGACGGGCCCAGGGAAAGUGGCCCCCACCACAUGACCAACAUCGUCACCCAGAAGGCCUUCGGAUGUGACAAGUGCGGUGCCUCCUUUGCCAGGGAUGACUCUCUGAGGUGUCAUCAGAAGCAGCACAGUGACUGGGGCGAGAACAAGAACUCAAACCUGGUCUCUUUCCCCUUGGAAGGCAUUGCUUCCGGGCAGCUUGGACCCCUGGUCUCUGUGGAGCAGCUGGAGAGCACUCUGGAGCCCAGCCAUGACCUCUAGAGAAGCAUGGGCGGUCUCUCAGGAAUCUGAAAAACGUCGAUGCCAGCCCUGCACACUGACACCACAAGGAGGACCUCACCUUCUCUUCUAAAGCAGCCCCGACCUCCCCAGCCUCCAGCAAUGGAGCGGCUAACCCACGAGGGCAUAGGUGUCAAAGCAAGGCCGCGGGGACAAUUGCCUACCCCCAGUUCCUUCUCUACGAGCAUUCCCUUAGCACACUGUGGCCUCCUCCGCCAUCCAAAGGUUGAGUCUACUUAAGCACAACUCCACCUCCUCGGGGAAAGUCACUGCCUGUGAGUUGAGACUGGGAAAGGGACUCGUCUCUGGAGGAGUUACUAAGCUGGCGAGCCCACAACACUGCAUCCGCACUGAGCUGUGUGGGGGCGAAGAAAGGAGUCCGUGCUCUGACAGGGUGUGUGGUAAAACCCUGUCUUAACCUGGGCAGUGGCUGCUAGUGUCAGCUUAUAUAUAAUUUGUGUGGUUUCUUUUCUCUGUUUUUUGUUUUUUCAAUAAAAAAGUGAACUUUUCUCUU